CCCACGAUUUAUAUGUCGACAUAUCUAUCCUUCAACUUCGCCUCUUAAGAUUCUCCUAAACUUCAUCCACCAUAAGUCUUAACCCCCUGGAGACCUUAGUGUAGGUGGUCUACGCCAUUGUACACCAAGGAAGGCAAAUCCGCCGGUACGCACUGAAUCUCUUCACUGACAAUAUGGGGGAUCUUGGCCACCCCGUCGAUAUCUCCGAUGUGCCUUUCGCACAACGCCCCAUCAUCAUCUUGGGUGCCGGAAUUAUUGGAUGUGCUGCCGCAAGACAACUUCUCCUCAAUGGAUUCCCCGUAGUCUUGGUAGCGGAGUAUCUUCCCGGAGACCAGAGUAUCUUUUAUGCGUCUGCUUGGGCCGGAGCAGCAUGGCAUGCGGCUGGAGGCAUUAGCCCUGAAUACCGAUACUUUCAAGCGAUCACCCAUCGACAUCUGCUAAAGAUGGCGCAGGAAGACCCUGAGUCAGGGGUUUGUAUUGUGGACACACGCGAGUAUCUUGAAGACCCCCCAACCGAAAAUUCUGCGAUCUGGGGGAAGACUGUCGUAUCGAAGUUUCGUGACCUAGAACCCGGUGAAUACCCCCCUAAUUUCUCCUGUGGGUGGGCAUACGAUACCCUCGUCACCGACCCAACACGCCAUAUGCCAUACCUGGGAAAACAAAUCAAGGCGCUCGGCGGUCAGUUCAUUCGGAAACGGGUCGAAUCUCUUCAGGAGCUGUACACAAUGUUUCCCGAAUCGAGCAUCUUCAUCAAUGCAAGUGGUAUAGGGAGCAAAACGUUGAGUGAUGUCCAGGAUGAAAAGUGUUUUCCUGAACGUGGACAAAACGUGUUUUUGCGCACCGACAAUUGUCAGACCAUGUACUUCCGAAACGGCAAGGAAUAUACUUAUGUCAUUCCCCGGCCAUUGUCGAAAGGUGUCGUGCUGGGUGGAGUAAAGCAAAGCGACAACUUGUCUCCCGAAGUGGAUAUGGAGAUAGCCCGAGAUGAGAUUGCACGCGCCCAUCGUCUUGCUCCCGAAAUAGUUCCGGAAUAUCCCCCCGAAGAUGCGCUCGAUCACAUCAUUGGCAUCCGCCCGUCCAGGAAAGGCGGUUUCCGCCUUGAAUCCGAAAAAGUGGGAAACCGGAUUGUUCUAUCCGCGUAUGGAUUCGGUGGGGGUGGAUACGCCUUCUCAUACGGUGUGGCCGAUGCUUUGGCAAAGAUGGUGGAAACGGCUGAGCGGGAGAAUGUAAUUCUGUAGCACGGCUCAUUGAUUUCUUUUAUUGAGUCAGCUGAUGCAUCUGUGCAGGGGGGCUGUUUCAAACUGGACUGGAUGUUACGUUGUUUACAUUUUGCUCAUUAGCGACAGGAUGAUGAUGAUACCAGUAUUAUCGCAAGUAGUCUGCCAAUUUCACAGGCAGCUGAUGAUAAGUAAUGACAUUAAUUAUACAAGAUGAGCGUUGUUAUUCUUCAUCUUUGCUGAUUUAUUCAGUUUCAAUUCCAAUUUCUAUCCCUCUUUCGCUAUGUCGUCUAUCAUACGGCCACAUGGAAACUGUGGCCUCAGGUUGUCGGGUGAACGGGGCCUUCACGAGAUAAGGCCUUCUCGGUCAGUGGAUACCCAUCCUACUAUUAGUAACGGUAGGGCCUCACUUCUCCUUUGACGGGCGACAUACUUCUAGAAGAACUAUGGAAACACAAUUGAUUUGUGGCCCUGGACUUCAUUAGUCACUAGUACCUGUGAAU